AUGGCCCCAGUUCCCAACCGAAGCAAUGGACCAAGCUCCCAGCCGCAAUCUAUGGUCAACAAACUGGCUAAUUCUAUUCUGGUCAACGACUGUAUUACCCUGCUGAACGAAAUUCAUGGAAUUCUGGCAUCAAAGACUCCUGAAGUCAUUCAGCUUCUCGACCGUUCCCUAAGCAUGCAUGAUUCGCUUGACAUCGAGACCAAUCCUGUAGAAAUUUACAGGAUGGGCCGAGGUGCGGAGGGAAAACCUCGUGUCGUUGAAUGUUUGUUUUCUUCUCGUCGAUUCAUGACAGUGUUCGUGCGCCGAUCAAUGACUAUUGAUGAGCGCAAUAAAGAACGUGAUUCACGCAAAGCUCGUGAGUUAAAUGAUAAAGAAUGCAAUGCUCUCUCAUUUCGGAUGUCCUAUGCUCUAGCGUAUGUUUACCUGGUUUUCGUGAGCGAAGAUUUCUCCUUGUUUUCGUCCCCCCAGAUCUAUGUACCUCUAUUCAAAAUGAUCAAUUGA